GCGGUGGGGGGGGGGGGGCAGGGGAUCGAUGACAGUGGCGGUGAUGCAACGGAGAAGCAUAAAGGGCCCCCCUCCCCCACGUGGCUGUCCGACAGUGGCGUCCGUCGUGCAUCGCUCGUUCAGACGCAGACGCAGACACAGCGAGGCCGAAGAGAGCGCGAAUCAAACUCGAACCAUGGUUCUACUCAGCUCGGAAGGUGUGCCCGUGCCAGCAGCGAAGGAUCAGCAUCAGCAGAAGCAACGCAUCGAGAUUAACCCUCACGGUGACUCCUUAUACGUGGUGGGCGUGCCCUGCGGAGAGGGGGCCCGGUCGUGCGCGGAGCGCUUCGAUGCGUCGACUCGCGAGUGGCACGGACUCUCCGCCCCGCGCACCACGCGCCGCUGGGCCGGGAUCUGCGCGCUGGGGGGCAGCCUCUACUGCGUGGGGGGCUUCGAUGGCAUCGCUCAUCUCAACACUGUCGACAGGUACGAGGCGGCGUCCGACUCGUGGCUCAGCGACGUCGCUCCCAUCAGCGGCCCUCGAGCACACGUGGCCGUGACGUCACACGAGGGGCUCCUGUACGCAGCGGGCGGUGACGACGGCACGUCCUGCCUCAGCGUCGCCGAGAGGUUUGACCCCCGGGAGGGUCGCUGGUCGCGACUGCCCUCGCUGCCCACGAGGCGGUGCCGGGCAGCCCUUGCCUCCCUGGGGGGCUUCGUCUACGCCGUGGGGGGCACCGACAGAACGACCCCCCUACGGACAGUGGAGCGCUACGACCCGCCGGCGAACGCGUGGCUGCCGGGCCCCGCCCUGCUCACCGCACGCCGCUCGCUGGGCCUCGUGGCCCACGCCGGCGAGCUCGUGGCUGCCGGAGGCGGGGACGAGCCGCUGCUGCCGGCGCUCAGCAGCAGCGAGCGGCUCGCUCCGCAGGCCCACGCCUGGACCCCAGGGCCCCCCAUGUGCUCACGCAGACGCGGGCUGGGCUUGGCGGUGGUGAAUGGGCAGAUCAUCGCCAUCGGCGGCUAUGAUGGAACCACGCACUUGCAGACAGCCGAGCACCUGGAUCCUGAGGCCAACAUCUGGAGGCAAUUUGGUGGGCUAAACCAUCAACACGACAGCUUUGGGGUGGGCGUUCUCAUCUCGAACAGCAACGGACCGUACCAACUGUGACCUCAAUACCCACCUAAUCAAUUAAACAGCAGAGCAGGGAAACAUUUUUUUUCGCGUUUUGCAUUUCCACCGUUGACAUUAAACUGGAAAACUAAGAGGGCCCACCCCAUUUUUUUUUUAAUGCGCACGCAAAGUCAAAGGUCCCCCGUGUAGCCUGCCGCAGGCUGUUGGGGCAAGUGCCGUCAGCGAGCGCCUACGAAGUCCGGCCAUGGCCACGCCCGGCCGCCUUUGUCUCCCCAACGAUGAUGAGUUUUAUACGCCGCACCAGGUGACGCACUUAAGGCUGAGUCGACUGCGUUGGUUUCUUCCCCUUUCGUACGGAAUUUUUUUUCAAAAGCAACAGCUAUUAUCUCUUUCUCAACGAUCGCCAUUGCGUGGACGCGAAGGUAACCCUCGUGCAGUCCAGUGAGGUGGCUUAGACGCGGCGACCCCGCCACGGACGCAUCAUGGACGCAGCCAAUUCACGGGCGAUGCGCCCUUUCAUGCUUCGGGCUUCCUCCACGGCCGCGGUUGGAGCCCUUUCGUUUUGACCUUCCAUUUCACGGAACGCUUUCGCGCAUCUGCCGGAGUUGUGAUCGGGCGCGGCUGGGCGCGGCCAGCGGUCGAAAUGGACUUAGCGUGAGGCUCAGGACUGGCUUCAUCGAUUCGUGCCCUGACCGUUGGCCCUCAGCCGCGAUCGAACUCGAGCCACCGGGUUUCGUGGCGCCGAUGCGCCAACCGCUGCGCCACCGCUCCGCCCGUUUCGCACGACAGCAGUCCGCGGCCGCGCUUGCGCCAGGCUAGGUGCGCCCCGAGGCCGUCGCGCGAAGGUGGUGCCGGGACGGACCCAUGGCGCCACGCGUCGACUGCUGUGUGCCCCCCAGGCUGGGCGCAGGAGGUCGCGGGGCAUGCCCGGAUGCCAUGGGGUCACUGGCAGGCGCACCCACCUGUAUCCAAACCCUACUGUGCCAACUCGCUGCGCUUUAGCCACCCGGCGCUCCGCUCGUUGUUGUGAGCGUCGCUCCUCCAGCUUGUUGCAGGGAGGAGCGACUGCCUCCCAACUGUCCAGCAGCAGCGUCCUUCACGAGCCUCCAAAGACAAAGGUGCCCUGUGUAGCCUCAGCAGCCGUUUGGGGCAAGUGCUCCGAGCGAGUUCGUAGCACCCAUGAAGGCCGGCACGGCGGUAUGGCAACGCCUCCCUGGCCGCCUUUGUCUUCCCAUUGCUACUCCGCUGGCUCCUGACGCGAUUGUCUGCUGGCUUCACCGCCUGAAUGUGACUUUGUAAGCUGCUGCCUCUACAUCAGCAGUCGUACGACAGAAGAAGAAGACUCAUAGAGACCCAUAGAGAUCCAGACUAAUAGAGACUCACAGAGAUUCAUAGAUACCCAUAGAGAUCCAGACUAAUAGAGACUCACAGAGACACGCAGAUACCCAUAGAGAU